AGGCUGAUGUCAGCAAGUUUCCACUGCCUGUUGUCUCUGUGAAGACUGAAGAGCAUGAAGACAAAGCACCUGAGUCCUCACAGCUUCAUCACAGUCCAAACAUCUGUGAAGAACAUCUUCUCUCUGAGCAACACAAGUGGAGCUUCAGGAUGGACAAGGAGGAGCCACAGCCCUUCCACAUUAAGGAGGAAGAAGAGGCGCCACAUACAUUACAAAUGCAAAAGGAGGAAAAUAACCCACUGACCUCCCAUUUUAAAGAGGAAGAGGAGGAACACAGCAUCAGUCAGGAGGGACAGCAUCUUGAAUGGUUGGAGAAGUUCCCAGUGACUGGUGUCCCUGUGAAGAGUGAAGAUGAUGAGGUCAAAGGUGAGAGAGAGGCGGAGCCUCCAAGCAGCAGCUCAACUCAACACAUGACAACAGAAGCUGAUGGAGACCACUGUGGAGGAUCACAAGCAGACAAGCUCUUAGCUCCACUAUCAGAUAGUGAGGACACAACGUCACACUCUCCUGACACUGAUGAUGAACACUCUAAAGAUGAUGCAACAUGUCACACUGACAACACACACUUCACAUGUUCUCACUGUGACAAAACUUUUAAUGACCAUUGUAACCUGAAAAGACACACAAGUACACACACCGGAGAGAAACUAUUUUCCUGCUCAGAAUGUGGUAGAGAUUUUAGACUAAAAUACAUGCUGAAAGAACACAUGAGAAUACACACUGGAGAAAAACGUUUUUCAUGUUCAAUCUGCGGUAAACAUUUUACUCAACGGCACCAUUUGAAAAGACACAUGAGAACACACACUGGAGAAAAACCUUUUUCCUGCUCAGAAUGUGGUAAAAGUUUUGUAAUAAAUCAAAGUUUAAAAGUACACAUGAGAACACACACUGGAGAAAAACCUUUUUCAUGUUCAAUCUGCGGUAAAGACUUUACUCAAAAGCACAAUUUCAAAACACACAUGAGAAUACACACUGGAGAAAAAAAAACUUCAUGUUCAAUCUGCGGUAAAGAUUUUACUCGAAGGGACCAUUUCAAAGCACACAUGAGAAUACACACUGGAGAAAAACCUUUUUCAUGUUCAAUUUGCGGUAAAGAUCUUACUCGAAGGGACCAUUUUAAAGCACACAUGAGAAUACACACUGGAGAAAAACCCUUUUCAUGUUCAAUUUGCGGUAAAGAUCUUACUCGAAGGGACCAUUUCAAAGCACACAUGAGAACACACACUGGUGAAAAACCUUUUAUAUGUUCAGUAUGUGGUAAAAGUUAUAUAGAAAGACACCAAUUAAAAGAACACAUGAGAACGCACUCUGGUGAAAAACCAUACUCCUGUUCAAGCUGCAACAAAAGCUUCUGUCACCUAAAAUCUUUUAAAGCACACAUGAGAACACACACAGGAGAGAAAGUGUUGAGUUGCAGUGUGUGUGGUGAAAUAUUGUCUUCUAAGUACCAGUGUAAGAAACACAAGUGUGCUGGUGAGAACAGCAGCAGCAAAUGAAGAUGCAGGAUUUGAAAUAAACUGUCAAAACUUUCACUUUGACUUUCUAACAACAUCAGCACAUAUAACAUAUGUGACAUCAUUGUUGUGUGUGUAACACAAUCUUGUUAAUAUGAUUCUAACAUUUAUAGAUUAGACACUUCAGAUGAGUGCUUUUAUUUCAGUCAAGUACAUGAGUUAAUAUACACAUUUGUGUACUUUAAAAUGAACAGAACAAUUUGACUGAAAAGGUGAAAAUAAACAGUACAGAAAAUAUGUUACAUACAAUAAACAUUUUAUGUGUAGAUAUUCAUAAUUCAUUUUUAUACUUAUUCAUAAUAGUGUUUUAUAUAUGUUUUUUGAAAUAAUGAUGGGUUACAUAUUUUAUUUUCUAAUUGUAGAUGAUUCCAUAGAUGAACUCCUUUAUAUGAUGUACAUAUUUGUUUUACAUGUGUUCAUACCUUUGCUUUUGAGUACUCAUAAAUCCCUCUUAGUUCAUAUUUACUGGUUCACAUCUGAAACAUCUUCUGGACCACUUCUGGAAGCAUAUUAUUAUUGACUUUAUACAUCAUUUGAGCAGUUGUCUUUCAUACAAUUUUAAAAUGUGUGACUUUAUGAAUCAUUUGUUGGGUCUCUAUAAUCCAUUCUAUUAAUUGUCUUUAUUACUCUCUUGUGUAAUAUGAAUAUUGUUGUGUGAUUGUUUUAUAUGUAUGUCCCCAGACCUUUAUGCAAUAAACAAUGUAUGCUU